AUGUAUCGUAACGCGACAAUGAUGAUCGAAUUUGCGCUCGCAAUGUCACAAAUUUUGGAUCAAUUGAAUCGUGAUUCAUUCCAGAACUUUGAAUUGCGAAUAGGCAUGAGUGUAGGCCCACUAGUUGCUGGAGUGAUAGGAGCACAGAAACCACAGUAUGAUAUCUGGGGAAAUACCGUAAACCUAGCUAGUCGAAUGGAUACUCAUGGUGAACCUAGAAAAAUACAUAUGACCCCACAAAUGGGCGAACUGCUUCGACGUGGUGGAUAUCGAGUACAUAGCCGGGGAAAGAUCAAGGUCAAGGGUGUAAAGGAACCAAUGGAAACAUUUUUGCUGGAAAUCGAUUCAAAGCGAAAUUCUUCAGUAUCGAAUAUCUCCAGCCAUUUGAAUUCGUAA